AUGGAUUUCAAGAAAGAUCUCUUAAAGACUGGACGGGACGUUGUUAAAGCCCACGAGUUCCUUAGAAAGAAAGGCUUAGCAAGUGCAGAAGAGAAAGCAAGCAGAGCCACUGCUGAAGGAAGGAUAGGGUCAUAUAUCCAUUUUAAGGAGCUGCCUGAUGAACUAGCCAUGCAAGUGGCUGCAUGCCCUCAAGUGCAGCAUGAGCCACCAACAGUAACAGUGUCUGCCGCAAAUGGUACACAUGAGCUACGAGAAGAAACUGGAGCAGGGAUGAUGGACUGCAAGAAAGCUCUUUUUGAAACUGGAGGGGAUCUUGAGAAGGCACAGGAGUACCUUAGAAAGAAGGGUCUUUCAACUGCUGACACGAAAUCCAGCUGA